AUGUGCGAUCGACUCGAAACUUUAUCAAAAGAAUACGACAAGAAUGUAGUGCAUGCAGAGCAUUCCAGAAGUGUUGGACUAUUCACGAUCCCGGAGUAUCCCGAACUGGAGCUGGAGCGCGGUAUGUGGUCGACGGUCCUGGAGGUGCUGCUGACGACCCUGCGGUACCUCGCGCCGGCCACCCUCCUCACGCUGUUCUGGGGGCACCAGCGUUUUUUCUUCAACGCCUUGAAGUACGUCGAUUCGGCUUUUCGAACCCUUAUUUUUUCAAGCGAAGAACAAAAGCAACAGGUGAUCCAAUGGCUCUCCGAAGUCGGUCCUGUCAGGGUGGACGAUUUGGAGACGGUGUGGCGCCAUGGAUGGAUAGUUUGCGGCGUGUUGGACGCGGCUCUCCCUGGCGCAUGCGCGGGACAUCCUCCCACGAGGCUGUCCCUGAAGCAUGCGCAGGCUAUAGCUGACCAUUACCUUGGAGUUGAUCCGAUGUUCACUCGACAAGAACUUGAAGCGAAUGAAGUCUUAAGCAAACAUGAAGCUUGGAAAUUAAUAAAGUACUUGGACAGAAUUCGCAUCGCUAUAGCGAAACUUACACCACCCUCUACUACUUCCAAACCAAUAACAGACUGUACCACAUCUAGUUCUACACAAUUUACUCUCGACUAUAUUGCAAGGGGUUCUGGACUUAUAGCAGCCCAAAUAAAUAACAAGAUGUUUUUUAAAAUAUAUCCAACCGCUCAGCAGUCGCUUGACCCAGGAGAAAUAACUAUUGUCAUCAAGGGACCGAAAAAUAUUUACGGAAUGUCUACACUAUCUCCAAUUUUAGGAAAAGCUCAGAUGAUAAGACAAACUUUACUUGGUCUUCAAUCGAAACCGACGAACUACACCGAUAAUGUCCUUCCAGUAACUCAAGGUGCCACGUACUUAAGAAACUAUGGAAAAAACGAUAUGAACAAAACGUACCACAUACCUAAAACACAAUACGAUAUUAACAUUAAUGUUGAGAGAAACCCUGAUCACGUAAAAAUUGGAUACACUGUACCUAUGGAAGGAAAGUAUGAAAUAUCUAUAACGAGCCGAGGGGAAAAUAUAGUUGGGUCACCCUUUUUUGUUACUGCAUCCAAAAAUAUUAUGAAUAUUUUAGAAAAAGACAGUUUUUGUUUAGAAGACGGUGAGGAAAUUGACAUAGUGGAUAUCAAAAGUGAUAGAAAAGUUGUGCUUCGAAUUGUAGAUUUUGUAACUGAGAAAAUGCUAUUAAAGGAAAAUGGAGCACUAGAAAGGAUAACAGAGGACGAAGCAAAAAAUUUAAUGGAAUUAGAUUCUUUAGAGAAUUCCAUCAACGAUGAUGAAAUCGAUAGACCAACAACCGUAAACGAUUUGAACUCUUCAUCCAUGCAGAAGUCCCAAAAAUUUUACACUGUUGCAACAAGAAUAUUAAAAAUGAAUAGAGUAUGCAAAGCGUUGUAUAAUUUGGACAAAGAAAAGUCACAUAACUUGUCUACAGAUUCUUCUACAGGCAAGCAAAAUGAUGUACCUGACGUAGUCAACUCCACAUUCCUCGAAAAUCAAACUACAAAUACUUUAAGUGCUAAAAGAGAGAGAAUAAUUAUACCUGAAAAUAUUUCUGUGUCAUUAUUUAUGGAUAAAUCUUCUAAGAUUGAAGAAGCUACGAAUAUUAAACCUUCGAGCAAGGAUACAAAUGAAUUGUAUUUGCAAAAUUUGGAAAACAUAAAAAUGUUGCAGAUUCCAUUCGACGACGAUAACAUGUCUACAGAUACAAUUCAAUCGACUAACAAUCCAUUUUUAAAUGAUAUAUAUGACACAACAUAUACCGAAAAGGAAUUUGGUUCUUUUAUAACUAGCGAAUAUGAAACAAAUAAUUCACAGAACGAAGAGUCUCACAUAUAUAGCAAUCCAUUUAUUGACUUUAAGCAAACAAGUAAAGAGUAUCAAGAAACAGUGUCUUUAAAUAUAGAUCAUGGGAAAGAUUUGCACGACAAUUUAUCAGUUAUGUCAGAUGAAGCCGCUGAGCGAAUAGAAAUUAUUGAAAAUGAGUACAUAAAUCCUUUUAUCGUUUUAAAUGAGACUGAAGACGAUUCAGAAAAACUUCCUGUAACCGAUUUCAUUAUAGGGGCACCCGUUUCAUUACCGCCAGUUAUAGGAUCGCCGAUUAAAGAGAAUACACCAUCUUUGAAUUGUAAGAACGACAACAAAAAUUUGCUGGAUACUUUUCAAUUUAGAAAAGAAAAUGAAAACGUUUCUUUUAUAUCUUCACAAGAGAGCUUAGAACAGCGAGAAGAAAUUCCUUCCAUAUCGCCUUUUCACAGUUUAGGUUCGGAUACAUACAAUUUCCUAAGUCAGAGUAACUUGCAACGGAGUAGAGAUAUUUCACCUAAAGAUUUGUGGGAUUCUGCAUACGUUAGCAUCGAUGAUAAUGCAAGUUCACCUGACAAUAACAACAAUAACAGUGAUCGUUCUGUAUCCGAAACUCUUAUAAAAAACAACUUUGUAACAUCUAAAGAAUUUCAUAACCCAUCAAACAUAGACAACAGGGAAUUGUGGGAUGGCUCCGAGGAAUCAGAACAUAAUUAUAUUCCUGAAGAUACUCGCAACUUUAGGUGGGAGUAUAAACGCCCAGUUUUUACGCCCAUUAUUGAAGAAACUGAAAAAAGUCUUACCUCUGGCAUGAAGGAAAAUGUUAAUGAGAAUGAAACUGAUACAGUAUCGAAAGCAUUUGCUGAACUCAAUGAAAUUUAUAACGACAUUUUCCCAAAUCCCGAAGAAUCCAUAGCUUCUGAAAAUGAAGGAAGUACACUACAAAACUUCGAAGAAGAGUACAUUAUUGAAAAUGAUAACAUCCGCGUCGAUUCUGCGUCUGAAAAUUCAUCAGAUGUGAAGAGACAUGCGGGGGAAAUAGAAGGAUCGAUUUCUGAGAUUCAGGCAAAUGAAACUGAAUCGGUUUCAGCAAGUCGAGACCUUCAUGCCGAGGAGGAAUCCAGCAAUAAAUCAAGUCAAAACAAUGAAGAAACACAAUUUGGUGAUUCGGCCUACUCUAAUAUUGUAUUAGAAAAGAAAAGAUAUUGGGAUGAAAAAAUUCGACAAAUAGAGGCUAAAAAUUCUGAAGAAUCAAAACUACAGCAAAGAAGAAAACGUAUAUCUGCUAAACAUUUUAAAUAUAACGAUUCUUUGAGUAAGCGAAAAGGAAAACAAAUUGUUAAAAACUUCUUGAAUUCGGGUGCGCUAAAACAAUCGAAUAACAAUGAUAACGCUGAAGAAUCAGUUCGUAUUAAUACAGUUCAAGUACAAUUCUCCGAGAACUCACGCAGUGAUAUCAAAUUGGUCAAAAAAUGGAAAACUUAUUGGGAUAGCAAACUCGAAGAAGAAAAUAAAGAAGUAAUAGCUAAUUCACAAAGUUCCUGUGUGAGUGUAAUAAGUAAUAUAGAAUCAGUCAACACUGUAGACUAUGAAGCAGUUGAUGAACCUACGAGUACUGGUAUGUAUCCAAACGUAUCCAUUAUUGAAAAUGAUAUUUCACCUGCAAAAAGUGAACUGCCUGAAGAAGUAUUUAAAGCAUUCGAAACAUGUCCUAAGAGAUUUUUUGGUACUUCAAGAAAACAUAUUUUGAAUAAAAUUGAUAGUUUUUUGGGUAAACCUACUUUUGAAAGCAUUCCCAAGACGGAAAAUAUAAGUCUAAGUCAUGAAACUGGUUUAGUUUCUAGUCGCAUUUCUUUGUUCCAUAAUAUUUCUCAAACCGAAGAAUUGCCAUGGUUGCGAUCACACCAUAAGCAAAACAAGAGCUCAACGUAUAAUAAACAUAACAGUAGUACAGACUCUAAUAAAGGGACGUCUGUUGAUCCUCAAAAUCUUCAAUAUGAAAAUGAUAAACAGGAGGCAAAAGAUGAAGAAUUUACAGAAAUGAAACAGGUUGAACGCAGCGAGGAUGAGACAAGCACCAAUAUUUCUUUAGAAAAAGGUAAAAGUAUCGAAUCAAAUAUUGAAAAAGAGACUGAAAGCAACUUACAACAAGGCGAAAAUAAUGAUAUUCAACAUCAAACAAAUACUCCAGAUAAUGAUAUACCUUCGCCAGUUACAGAAAAUCAUAUUGUUCAAGAUCUGAGAACCGAUAACGUCCAAAGAAAGGUUAAGUGUCGCAAACUGAAGUCUUUUAGCAAAUCAGAAAUGGACAUUUUCAGUAAAAUUUCUACUAGCGAAUUAACUGAUGACUUUGAUAAACGUAAGUCGGUCGAGGAAUUACCUAGAAUAAAUGUUAAAAAUUUCAUCAGUCUAUAUGAGGAUGUUUCAAAGUCUACACAAUCCGAACUAACAAAAUACAACCAAAAGACAGUAACGAACCGCAAAAUUAUCUAUAACUCGAGUUCAAGUCCAGGAACUCCAAGCAAGUCUCACUAUAUGCAUUCAGCAUCAAAACACUUUAUACGUUCAAAACAUACAGAAGAAAAUGAGACCAUAUCAAAACAAGUUACAAGCCCUAACCCAGAAGCUCAUACACGAUGUAGUUCAGUUCAGAGCACACACGAAUCCAUCCCUGAUAAUGAAAAAAAAUAUAUCAGUCUUUCAGAUAUUGAACUAGAAAUAGUUGACAAACAAGAAGAGAAACACGAACCAUGUGCAACACAAAAACCUGAAGAAACUUUACAAGUUGAUUACAAAAGUCGUUUUAAAAUGGCUAAACAAUAUUUCCAGUCGCUAGAAGAAUUAAGAGAUGUUAAAAACAAUAGAAAAGUUAGUGAGUGUAAAAUUAUAGUCAACGGCCGAUCAACUGAAUCUCUUGAUGAAAACGGAAAAGAAUCAAAGGAAGACGCUAAAAGUCAAAAAAUUAAAUCUAAAUCAGAUUCAAUGCCGUCGUCUGAAAUUUCGAAAAUAGUGAACGAAAUACAGGGAGAAACAAAUCAGGAUGACGCAGAAUCAAGAAAAUUGGUUAAAAUAUCAGAAAAAUUUAAUGUAGAAGACUUAUUUGAGGAUGUAAUGGAAGGAAGGCUGAGCCGUCAGGGGAGUUUGAGAGGUAUUCCACAUAAAAAAGCAGUUUUGGAAACCUUCAAGUCGAUGGAAAACGUUUCAGAUAACAAGCUUAAUUCCUACGAGUUGGCAGUGUCGCAGGUUAAUGACUUUUCUCAUCAGUCACAAACAAAAAAUGCACAGACUUACCUAAGUGAAUAUCCAUACUUGCCCACAACAGAUCCGUCCAAAUUCCAAUCUAGAUUCGAUGCAAGUGCAUCAGGUUUGAUUUCGUAUAAUGAACUCUUAAAAUCUAGACCUAGAAGGAAUAGUGUGCCAGAUAUCAGACUUAAUCCCUCAUUUACGGAGAACCUAUGAUAACUCAAAACAGUUGUAUUCUUUCAUGUCUAGAUGUGUCAUAUGUCAAUUCUUUGUAAUUACCUAUACUGUAAGAAAAAAGCUUCAUACAAUUUUUUUUUUCAGAUUUUUUUUAAAUAGCUUUGACCUAUCUAUCGAAUAUAUUUUAUGUAGAGGAAUACCCAUCUUAACCUUCUAACAGUAUUUAAUUGUACCUUAUAGUAGUAAAAUAUGUUAAGCUAGAUGAGUUUUGCUUGGAUCAAACGUUUUCGUUGCAAUAUUAUUACUUUGUAAAUAUAGUCAGUGGCAUAAUUGUUUUGUUCAUGUCGUUUUGUUAUUUUUAUACGUUAAGGCCCUUGUACAAUGUGUACAGCAUAUGAAUCUUAUUUUAAUUGGAUAAUGCAUGUAGUUAUUUAUUUCAUUAGUUGAAAUUAAAAUUUUAGAUGUUA